UUUAUGAAUUACAAAGUUAAUCAUAUCAAAAGAAAAAUACAGGUUAAGCUUUUAAAAGCUUAUUUCCAUUUAGAUUAAUUCAUUUGACAGAUGCUUUUCAGAUGCAAUAUAUAAUAGAAUCUAUAGUUGACAUUCUGACCUGUUGAGUCCAUAACUAUGGAGAGAAGUGGAAUUUAUGCAUUUAUUGGACUGGUCAUAUUUUUAGCACCGGUGACACAAGGUGUUGCAGCCUAUUGUGACAUCACAAAAAAUGAAAGUUUUCAUCAGUGUUAUGGAGCUCUGGGAAAACCUGUGUUCAUACAGCUCCUUACCAACACCAGAGGUUAUCAGAUUGAACUUUACCAUGACAACAUAACAUUGUUUGUAUUUAGAGGAGGACGACUUGAUGGGAUGGUUUUGCCUGUUUACACAUUAUUUCGCUGAAGGAAUUCGGUACGUCAGUUCAAUAUGAAUGUCAGCAAUGUAGCGUGUUGCACGGCAAAAAUGAUUCAGGGCUGGAAAGAGGAAGUAAAGAGGUGUUGUAAGUUUCUCAUGCUAUCUAACUGUUAAUAUUUCUGCAAAAUGGCUUGGCGAAAAGGGGAUGUAUGCAAGAAAAACUGAAACAUAGUUCUUUCUUCCACCUGUGGCGUGUUGAGGAGGUCUGUAAGUCUCGAAUUCAACAGUUUGACAAUAGACGUGUGAAAUAUUUUAUUUAGGUCUCAAAAAAUUUCCUCUCUUUUAAGUUUUUUAAGUUUUUUUUUCUGAAAAGAAAGAAGUCGGUCUGACACUUUCUGACCACACAAGUACUGUAGAGAAGUAUGACUGUUGAUCUGAGAAACGAACUAAGGCUCAUUACAGUAUGAAGCUUCUUCUUCUUGAGUCCAUGUAAACUUGGUCCGAAGACUCAGUUCAUUUUGGAUGUGAGUGACAAAGAAGAAUGUCUGCUGUUUUCGGACUGGCGCUUACUCUGGCAGCAGUAAAAGCGGUACAAGGUGCUGCAGCCUCUUGUGACGUCACAAAAAAUGAAAGUUUUCAUCAGUGUUAUGGAGCUCUGGGAAAACCUGUGUUUAUACAGCUCUUUACCAGCACCAGUGGUUAUCAGGCUGAACUUAAACAUAACAACAUAACAUUGUUUGUAUUUAGAAGAGGACAAGUUAAUAAACAUUUAUGCUGUUUUGAUUUUUUUAACAAUGGCACCUUAAGGCUGGACAAAGCAGAAAGAAAUUAUUCAGGCCAAUACACCUUAGAGAUGUAUAUUCAAGUAACUGGAGCUAAAUUGCCAGUAAAGGAAAUUCAGUUGAUCCUUGAAGAAGCCGUGUCUAUACGUGGGCUGUCCGUAGCGUGUUUACCUCAUGGAGAGCUGAGGGUGUCCUGCUCCGCUGGGGGGGACAAUCCUCACUACAACUGGACGCUGGGGGACCGGCCACUUGGAGAGGACAUUCCCCACAUGAACUCUGGAGAUGGUGUUGUUUUGUUGGGAAAGGGUGAGAGUGGAGAGAUCACCUGUACAGUCUGGAAUAGCAUCAGCAUGGAAAGCAGAACCCAGAGUCUUCCCACCUGUUCAGAAGCCGUGUCUAUACGUGGGCUGUCCGUAGCGUGUUUACCUCAUGGAGAGCUGAGGGUGUCCUGCUCCGCUGGGGGGGACAAUCCCCACUACAACUGGACACUGGGGGACCGGCCACUUGGAGAGGACAUUCCCCACAUGAACUCUGGAGAUGGUGUUGUUUUGUUGGGAAAGGGUGAGAGUGGAGAGAUCACCUGUACAGUCUGGAAUAGCAUCAGCAUGGAAAGCAGAACCCAGAGUCUUCCCACCUGUUCAGAAGCCGUGUCUAUACGUGGGCUGUCCGUAGCGUGUUUACCUCAUGGAGAGCUGAGGGUGUCCUGCUCCGCUGGGGGGAACAAUCCCCAAUACAACUGGACACUGAGGGACCAGCCACUUGGAGAUGACAUUCCCCACAUGAACUCUGGAGAUGGUGUUGUUUUGUUGGGAAAGGGUGAGAGUGGAGAGAUCACCUGUACAGUCUGGAAUAGCAUCAGCAUGGAAAGCAGAACCCAGAGUCUUCCCACCUGUUCAGAAGCCGUGUCUAUACGUGGGCUGUCCGUAGCGUGUUUACCUCAUGGAGAGCUGAGGGUGUCCUGCUCCGCUGGGGGGGACAAUCCCCACUACAACUGGACACUGGGGGACCGGCCACUUGGAGAGGACAUUCCCCACAUGAACUCUGGAGAUGGUGUUGUUUUGUUGGGAAAGGGUGAGAGUGGAGAGAUCACCUGUACAGUCUGGAAUAGCAUCAGCAUGGAAAGCAGAACCCAGAGUCUUCCCACCUGUUCAGAAGCCGUGUCUAUACGUUGGCUAUCCGUAGUGUGUUUACCUAAUGGAGAGCUGAGGGUGUCCUGCUCUGCUGUGGGGGACAAUCCCCAAUACACCUGGUCACUGGGGGACCAGACACUUGGAGAGAACAUUCCCCAUAUGAAGUAUGGCAAAAGUGUUGUUGUGUUGGGAAAAGGUGUGAGUGGAGAGAUCACCUGUACAGUCUGGAAUAGUCUCAGAAGGGAAAGCAGAACCCAGAGUCUUCCCACCUGUUCAGGUGCUGCAGCAUAUUGUGACGUCACAAACAAUGAACGUUUUCAUCAGUGUUAUGGCAUUCUGGGAAAACCUGUGUUUAUACAGCUCGUUACCAACACCAGCGGUUAUUGGAUUGAACUUAAACAUAAGGAAAAAAAAUUGUUUGAAUUAAGAAAAGAACACAUUGACAAGCAUUUGUGCUGUUUUGAUUUUUUUAACACUGGUAUCUUAAGGUUGGAAAAAGCAGAAAGGAAUUACUCAGGCCAAUACAUCUUAGAAAUAUCUAAGGAUGCAAGUGGAAAUAUAUGGCAAACAAAAGAAAUUCAGCUGAUCAUUGAAGAACCUGUGUCCACACCAGUGUUUUCCACACUGUGUCUUCCCCAUGGAGAGCUGAAGGUGUCCUGCUUCGCCGGGGGAGACAAUCCCAAGUACACCUGGAGUCCGGGAGACACUUCGUCUAAAAGGAUCAUUCCCCAUGUUUCCUAUGGAAAUGGUGUUAUGGUGUUGGCAACGGGUGCGAGUGGAGAUCUCAUCUGUACAGCCUGGAAUAACAUCAGCAGGCAAAACAGCACCCUGAGUCUCCCCACCUGUACAGGUCUUGUGUCAUCUGUGAAUUGUACCUUAUCUAAUGGCAUCAGCAUAAUAAUAAGCAUGAAUGCUGCAGAGGACCUUUCUCUCUUGGAUAAAAAGGAGAUUUUCUUUACUAGAGAUCGGAAAGAGAUGUUUUCUGCUAUGUGCCAAAGCACAGGUCCCACACAGAUGGGUUUCGGUGACUUAUUUUGCAUGUUAGUGGGAACAGCCUUCUUCCUGGCAGUGCUGGCGGUGCUGUUGUACUACCACUGCAAGAUGAAACGCAGCAAAGAGGCACCGAAAGACCACAAUGUUUACGAAGUUACUUUAAAGGAAAAUUAAGUGUAAAACAGUGAUUCUGUGCUCUAGGUAGGAUUGCGUGUCUCCCUCUUGGAGCAUCUCUACUCUUCUGUUGCGCCCCACUGUAAUGCUUACUUACAGUAAGUUCACAACAGUAAAAGGGGAGUGAUUACAAUUUUAUUUUACAAAAUACGUGCACUAAAUCGUUGGCUUGUAGUUUAGGUUGAAACUAUAAAAUGUAAUGUUUCAAAAUGCAAACUGUAUUAGUAAUAUGUUUAGUGCUGGCAUGUAAAACUUUCUGUCCAUUUAUGAGUAUAGCAAACAUUUACAUAAAUAACAAAAAAUUGGCCUAUUGCACUGCAGCAUUCUCACACUGACUUUUUCAAAUCUAAAGAAUGUGUUAGAUAUGUUUUUUUUUUAAUUUUUUUAGUCUCCUCUGCUUUAAACAGUUAGUGCAGUCCUCAUGUGCUCUAUGUGUCCCUCUUGAAGCGUUUGUUUUUUCUUUAGUCCAAAAUUUCUGUUUCACUCUACUGUAAAAAUUUAUUGAAAAACAAGUAAUAUAUUUUAAAUUCAAGCUGGUUGUUAAGGUUUCUAAAAUGUCACUUUGUAUUUCAGAUGACCGUAUUAUUGCAGAGUAAAACUUCUUGUUCAUUUGUGUGUGUGUGUGGUAAACAUGGUAGCAAUAUGUAUAUGAAUAAAAAUUUGGU